AUGAGCGGCUCGCCCAGGCCCUGGCGCCCACCUGCUCUCUCGCCAGCACCGCGCCCACCCCCGCCAUUCCUCCGCCGCCCCUCUUCCGUCUCAUCGUCGUCGUUCCUCUCGACCACGACCUCGUCCCUCUCUGAGCCGUCCUCCGACGACGACUCGAGCAGCGACGACAGUAGCAGCGACGACGAUGCGCCCACCGAGUCGUACUGGUCGUCGUCUGGCCUGUCGGGCGACGAGGGCCGGUUCGUCGCUCGCCUCGACCUCUCGCUGCGGGCACCCACGAGCGGCGGCGGCGGCAGCAGCAGCGGCACCGCCAGCAUAGCGAGCUCGCUCGGUCCAGGCCAAGCCGGCACGGCGUCGCCCAUCGCGCGGUCCAACCUGCGCCUCUCGCUCGCCGUCCUGCGCGCCCGCCAGUCGCUCGCCGCGCAUAGCUUCGACGCCCUCGCCUCGUCCCUCAAGUCGCUCUCGUCGGCCCUCCCCUCCCUCUCAGCCCUCUCGCGCCCGCCGUCCGCCGCGCCAGGACCCGGGACCGAGAACCCGCUCGGCGUCUUUGUCCCGACGCUCGCGCGCCUUGCGGGCGAUGUCAGGGCGGCGCUGCGGGACGAGGGCGGCAAGGGGCGCGAGUUUCGGCGCACGAAGCUUGCGAGGGACGACGCCAAGGCGCUCGUCGGGUUGCGGCAGCGGUGGAGCACCGGGGCGGCGGCAGGAGGCAAGGGCAAGGGGAGGGAGACGGACAGCUUGGAGUGGGUUCCGGUGGUCGAGGCCGCCCUCGCGAGUAACCCGCCGCCCGACUUUCUCGCCGCCGCCGAGCGGUUCGACCACCUCACGCCCUCUCUCCUCACCUCGCUCGAGGCGUUCCUCCUCCCGUCCUCCCUCCCUCGACUAUCCUUCUCCGACCUCGCCCUGACCGACACCGACCUCGCCACCUGGCCAGCGCUGCGACGCCUCGAGGACGUCGCGGCGUGGUACCUGUCGUUCGUCGUUGGCGACCCGGACGAGGCGCGCAAGCGGGCGAGGACGGCGCUCGACGGCGUCAAGAGCCUCGAUCUGUCCAAAAACAAGCUCACGACCUUCCCUCUCUACCUCACUCGCCUCUUCCCGCACCUCGAGACCCUGUCCCUGUCGCACAAUGCGUUCGCCCACCUCCCGCCCUGGGUCACCCUCUUCCCGUCCUUGCGCCGCCUCCGCACCCACGGCAACCGCCUCGUCAGCGCGCGCAAGGCCCUCAAGCCGCUCGCGCGCCCCAAGGACAAGCCGGCGAGGGCGCGGGCGCACCCGAGGAGGGCGGGCACGAGAGCCGACGUGCGAGACGUGCUGCCCGUCGUGCGGGCGGCGGUGCUCCGAGCGCCGCUCGAGGCGUUGCUCCCGUCGAGCCGGCUCGGCAGCCUGCCCUCGCUGUUCAGCAUCGCUGCGCAACUCGCGCACGAGCAGCUCGUCGAUGCCGAGGUCCAGGACGGCGCCGCGACCGACAACUUCCUCCCGCCGCACCUGCACGACGUCCUCGCCGCGGCGUACACGUGCGCCUCGUGCCGCUCCUUCGUCCUGCCCUCCUCGCCCAUCUCGGUCCCGCCGUUCAGCGAGCGCGCGCACCACCUCGACCCGGGCAUCUCGCUCCCGUCGCGCCUUCCGCCGCCCGUUCCGGCCCCGACCCGGUUCAGCCCGCCGACGACGCCGACCCUCGCCAGCAUGCAGCAACCCCAGCAUCAGCGACCGAGGUACCUCUCGGCCGCCGAGCGCCCCGCGACGCUCGAGCAGCGUCUCCUCCUCGCCCUCCUCGCCCGACUCGACGCUCCUCCUCCUCCGCCUCGCCCGCCCGCCUCGCGCCGCCGCGACUCGGAGGCGAGCCUCUCGUCACUCGCCUCGGCGCCGCCACCGCGCCGACCUCGCAGCGCGCGCGACGAGCACGAGCACGACAGCGGCCGGCGCGCACUGCCGACGCUCGUGCUCGGCGCGGCGGGCGCGGUGUGGCGCUUCUGCGCGCCGUGUGCCGCCGCGCAUGUCGGUCUCGAGGACGAUUUCGCGCUCAGGGCCGAGCAGGAGGAGAAGUGGGCGCUGGCGAGCGAGGAGGGGGGACAAGGGCUCGCCGACGAGCUGGAGCGCCUCGGGCGGUGGAGGUGCACGUGCGUCGUGUGCUGCGAGGAGCGGCGGGUGCGAGGGUGGGACGAGGUCGAAGGGGAGGAGGGGAGCAAGGCCGCCGGCGUUGGCGAGGGGGAGAAGGGCAAGGACGAGCCGACGAGGACGAGGGUCCUGAGGUGGUUCAGGCGCAAGGAGCAGACGCGCGGCAUGUCGGCGCUCUUGGUAGCUGCCGUCGAAGGGUAACGGUCGUCUCGAGCAGUGCAUCGAGCGUGUU